UGUUUUCUUGGCAUUUCUCACAUUUUAUUUUUCUUAUUCCCUGAACGAAUCUCAAACGGAGAGCAACUUAACUUAAAAAUUAUAUUGGAAUACUUAAAAAAAAGAAAACAACGAUGGCCAGCUUUCGGAUUUAUCAGGACAAGGAAAACAACAAGGAGAACUUCAGUUCCAAUGUUCUGGUCAGAGGCAAGAAUGCAAAGCAGCCCCUGGGCUUGCUCAACACCAACAAGAUCAACCAGAAGAACAAUGCGAAUCCCUAUCGUGAGAAGCAGCUGGGGGGUUGCCGUGAGCUCCAGACCAUCUCCCUUGCCAAAGAUGAGGUGCCUUGCAUUCCCAUGUCCGUGGACCGCUCAGUUAAAGAAGGUUUUAGUACCGACACUGAACAAAAAAAUGAGCAAGUAAACCCAGAAGAAGCCACUUCAAGGCCUUCUGCCUACCCAGAGGUCCAGUAUCAGAAGGAUAUCCUGGCCACCUGCCGUGAGGGCGAGUUGAAAAAUCGCCCAAAGCCUCUUUAUAUGCUCCUGCAGGACGACAUCAGCUACAAGAUGCGCUCCGUCCUGAUUGACUGGCUAGUGGCGGUGGCCGUGGAUUAUCGCAUAAACACAGAGACGCUCUACCUCAGCGUUUCCUAUGUCGAUCGCUUCCUCAGCCUGGUGGCUGUGAGGCGCUCCGUGUUGCAGUUGGUGGGCACCACGGCCUUGUUUAUAGCCAGCAAGUUUGAGGAGAUGGCACCACCUCCAGUUGAGGAGUUGAUCUACAUCACUGACGACAGUUAUACCAGGGAGGAGUUACUUCAAAUGGAGCGAUAUAUGCUGAAAAAACUAUCCUUUAAGCUGGUGACACCCACGGCCUAUGCCUUUGUCAAGAUGUAUGCUGUGAUGUGUGAUGAUAUGUCUAAGGUUUUGAAGAGUUUGGCAAUGUACAUUUCUGAGUUAUCCCUGCUGAAGGCAAAUCCCUUUCUGCUCUACUUGCCUUCUAUAAUAUCCUCUGCUUCCCUCGCUUUGGCGCGUCACAUCCUGGGAAUGGAGAUGUGGUCUCCCCAGCUGGAGCAGAUCACCUCAUACAAGUUGGAGGCCCUAAAAACCGUGAUCCUGGCUUUGUCCAGUCACCAUAGCUCAGCCAAAGAUCUCAAGUAUCAGGCCAUACAGAAGAAAUACAAGGGAGACCACUAUGGAAAUGUGGCCCAUAUCGAGGAUAUUGAGCUCACUCAGGAUCAGUUUGAUCAGCUUUUCCAGGCCUACGAGGCCAAGCACAAACAAAAAAAACCAAAAAGCUUUUAAAUUGUAGUUUUGUUUCAAUUAUUUUGUUGGGUUUUUGUUUAUGAUUUAAAAACUCCACUCACU